UUGGCAUGAAGUCUGAGCGGCGCCAGAUUGAUUAUGCUUUGUUUAUUGCUUUUAUCCUGUAUUCAUACAGCUGAGUGUUUGCUGAUAUCACACUAAGUUUACGGACCUUCUUUUUCACUCUCUCUGCUGCAUUUGCUUCACCCCAGAUUGCCAUCCCACGUUCACUUAGAAGUAAUUUCCAAGGAACUCAGUGGGAAUUUCUUCCAAGUGAAAGAGCUUAAAAUCGCAAAUGCAGAUGCGGUAAUUUGAUUUCUUUCUCCCCCCACUGAAGUCUCCUUAGUCGUGAAGAUGGAAGUUAUGCUACACUUGGUGGUAAUCUGAGGCUGGGGAUUACGGCUGCCACUGGGUCUGGGGAUUAUGGGAGCUGAGGUCCAGUAACAUCUGGGGACGCACACGUUGAGAAUCCCUGAUUUAGAGGAUCACUUUCUUCCUUGUGAAUCUGCGUGGACCUUUAAGAUCAUAACUGGAGGACUUGUUCCUAGUCCUGCUAUCAGGGAUGAAGUGACUUUUUUGUUGUGGGAACCCAUCUGUGGAGCUCUCUCCUCCUCAAGGAAAACCACUUGGUGCUAUCCUUCUAUUGUCUUCUGCACCAGAUGAAUAUAUUCAUAUUUGCUUAGUCUUUUCAGAGUUGUUUUAUCCUGGAAUUUUUAUCAGCUUCCUAUGUCUUCUUUCAAUUUUUAAUUGUUAGAUUUGCUUUUAAUUGUAUUUUUGUAUGAACACUAUGGCAGAAGAGUGGAAUAUAAAUAAAAUAAAUUGUUAUAAAAUAUUGUAAAAGGAAGAACAGUGGCUGGCAUUCCAUGCAGUGAACAUUGGUGCUAGGGACCUGCCAGGUCUGCUGUACAAUGUGAAAGGCAGCCUGGGUGGUGUUGCAGGGCAGGGCAGCUGCAGAAGGACUUAAAGCAGCUUCUGGGUGGUUGCUCAGAGCUGUUUUCAUUGUUUCCACUGGAAGUUGUACUGCACAACUGCCUAUUUUGCAAUGCUGUCAGGAUUGCCUUUCACAUUGUGCAGGAGCCCCAGUGUGUCCCCACUGCCAUUGUUCCACUCAGGCAUCUCCAAAUCCACUUGCCAGCUCACCAAUGCCUAGUGUCCCUAUCCCUCUGGUGAGUAGCACCACACAUCCAGCACCACACAGAUAUGCUACCCAGAGGUCUUAUUUCUAAUACCAUCAUUUCUUGAAUGGCAGGAGUCUCUUGAUCAGUAGGAGAGGGCAGCCAUUGUUUCAUACCCUUUUCAUAUUUCAGAGCAAAUGAGAGAAGACCCACUUCUCACCUAAGCCCUCUGCCUGUGUGCCAGAAAUGAUUUGAGGGAAGAGAAGAGUUGGUGAAUUAGCUGUAGAAUUGGUUCAGAUGUCUGUCUUUCUCUCUGAGAUGCACUUGUGGUCUUUGAAGAAUACAUUACAUAUUGAAGACCAAGACAUUGGGCUCUACCAUUACUAUGACAAGAAAGAACCAGAUUCCCCAGUGAACUUUGGCUAUUUAUAUGAGAAGCAACAGUUAGCCACAUCUCGAGAUUAUCCUUGGGUACUUAAGAACAAACGUCCGGAAAAGCUGCGAGACACACUCAAGGAGCUGGAGGAACUGAUGCAAAACAGUCAGUGUGUGCUGAGCAAAUGGAAGAACAAAUAUGUCUGUCAGCUCCUCUUUCAUUCAGGUGUACUGGUAUCCCUAAGCCUUUCUGGGCCACAGCUGGAGCGAGUAGUGAUUGACAGAACCCUGGUGGGGAAGCUCAUCUCCGACACCAUCAGCGAUGCUGUUCUCACAGACAGUUUCAUGAUCUUGUCAUUUUCGGAGCAAAGCCAGCUCUGUUUUAUUCAGUUCACAAAGAAAGCAAAUUCUCCUGAUGUAAACAAAAAGCCUGAAAAACUUUCAUCCCUGGAUUUUAAGAUAUCUUAUGUUGACAUACCAGGACAAGGGAGUAGAAGCAUGAAGCAUCAUCUGGCAAUCAAUUGUGUGCAGGAUAUGGUGAUUUGCUGGUGGUCAGUGGCAAAGGAUGAAGUGUGGCCUUGGUCUCCUGUUCCUAAUGAAAGAGAGAGAGCCAACUUAAUGCUCUUGAGAUGUGAACAUGGAAGCUUGGAGGUUCUGAAUUAUGUCCGAACAAAUGGGGAUCCACUUGAUAUCGGUUUUAGCACUAAGCAGCCUUAUCAGAUCCAUACUGUAGAGUGCUCAUUCAGUGCAGACCAAGAGCCCAUGGCUGAUAGCUGCAUCUAUGAGUGUGUGAGGAAUAAAAUUCAGUGUGUGGCAGUCAUCAAAAUACCACUGAAAUCAAAGGCCAUCAGCUGCUGCAGAAACAUUUCUGAAGACAAACUAGUUCUUGGAUGUGAAGAUUCUUCCAUUGUUCUAUAUGAAGCUUACCGUCAAGUCACUCUAUUAGCACAGGCGGAACUCUUGCCUGCCUUACUGUGUUGCCAUCCCAGUGGAGCCAUAGUCAUGGUUGGUAGUUCACAAGGGGAGCUACAGCUGUUUGACAUGGCACUGUCCCCAAUGAAAAUGCAACUGUUAGCUGAAGACUUCACACCUAAAAGAACUUUGCAAUUCAGUGAACAUUUUGAUGUGUUCAGCAGUCUCAUCCAGAUCCAAUGGGCUGCCCCUCAGCUUCCAUCCCCAAGCAUGGAUGAUGUGAAUCUAAAUGAUCUGCUGUUAAUUAGGUUUGACAAAGGACCGAUUGGAGUGCUCCAUUUUAAAGCAGGUGUCUUCCCAAGAGGCCAGCUGGGCCUUGUGGAAAUCAUCCAGGAAUAUAUUCAUCAGGAUGAGAUGUAUGAGGCAAUUAAUAUCCUGAGUGGUAUGAACUGGAACACAAUGGGACACCAGUGCUACGUAAGCCUAAGUGCCAUAGUAAACCACCUUCUCAGACAAAAAUUGACACCUGCAAGAGAAGCACAGCUAGAGGCAAGCCUAGGAACCUUCUAUGCACCAACAAGGCCUCUCUCUGAGACAACUGUAUUGGAAUACAGGGACCCGCUCAGCAGAUAUGCAAGAAGGUUUUUCCACCAUCUGCUCAGGUAUCAAAGAUUUGAAAAAGCCUUUCUGCUUGCUGUUGACAUAGGUGCUCAUGAUUUAUUUAUGGACAUCCAUUACUUUGCACUAGAUAAGGGUGAAUUGGCGCUAGCUGAAGUGGCAAAGAAAAAAGCUAACGACAUUGACACAGAAUCAAUAACUACUGGAAUUGAGAUUCCAGGACAGGCAGACAUAGAGGAUGUUUUAAAUGAAACAUUUGUGGACCUGACUGUACUGCCUCAAGAGGAACAAAACUGUCAAGGCAACCUACCACCCUCUGUUGCAAAUGCUUGCUGCUUCACACGUACAACAAACAACUCUUCCGGAUCUGCUUUUUAUGGAAAGACAGAUGACAAAAAACGUGAAUUUGUAAUAGACCUUUAUACUGAACCACAGAUGGACAAAGUAUCUUGGUGUCAAACAGAAACUUCUGAAGAAGGACAGGAAAAACAGGAAAUCAGAGAAAGCAGUUCUAUCAAAGUGGUGCAUUUUGGUCUGGUGUAAGUCUAAAUACUUAUGCCUUGAUGGUAGGGCUCCACCCAACACAUGUCAAGAUAAAUAAGAGUCUUUCAAUGGAAGCAUCUUUCACAGAAGAAUUACAAACCAUGGAGAGGUGGCAUUCGGAUCGGGACUAUGGCAAGGGCUUAAAAGAUCCGGACUGCAACAAGGGGUUAAAGUCCUCUUCUUCCUCAGCCGUUCCGCCUACUGUGCCGCUGCUAUUGAUGUUGUAAACACAUGAAGCCCCAAUUGCAGGCUAAACAUAGCAUGUAGCUAGGUCCAGGGAUUCAGUCAAUUCUGAAAUAAUAUUCCAGUAGAUCACCAACCAAUGUUAAGCACUUGUUCAGCACCAUCCUAUGCAUAUUUAUUCAGAAGUAAGCCCUACUGUGUUCAGUGGUACUUACUCCCAAAUAAGUGUGCAUAUGAUUGCUGUCUUGGUCUCAAUUAAUACUAUGGGAAAGAAUAAAGCAUCCUGACUAAAUCUACUCAAGGAAGCCCCAUUGAAAUUAAAAAGACAUGCCUAACUUAUCCUUUUAAUUUCAAUGUGACUUUCCCAAUUUAGUCAGGAUGUUAGCCAGUGGACCGUUUGUGCUCAGCUUUGGCUGAAUUGCAUUCAUUAUUUGGAUACACAGUGAAUUUUGAUUACCCAGUUCAAAACUAAAAUUACUUGAAUUUUAGUUAUACCCUUGUAUUCUUGCUGAAUAAAGAGAGGGAAAUUAUUAUUUUUUUUUAAUAUUACCUUUAACAGAGUCCUUGGCCAAUUUGCAUUCAAGAUGUUUGUUUUGCUACAUUAUCAGGGGGGGGGUUGGGGGGGAGAGAUUAAAUUGUACAACAUAUGCCUUGUGUUUAGUAGCAAGAAGGGGGGAAAUAAAGCAUAGAGACUUAUCAGUAAUAGUCAGAUGAAUGCAUUAAAUCCAUGCUGAAAAGCUUAUGUCCUCCGUAGACAAAAAGUAGUAACAUGCAUAAGAUUCUCAACACUCAGUGUGGGUGGCAGGGGGGAUCAGUAAUGCAAGAGCUACAAGACAGAGCCAUCAUUAGACACCUCCUAGUCCAUCAUACAUAGCAGCAUAUAAAAACAAAAUGGUUACUGCUGGCUCACAGUUAUUUGAGGAAAGCAUAUGGCUCAAAGAUAUAACAUGCAAAUGUAGUUUCUAAGGUAGAUGCAGUCCAACAACAGAUCAAGGGAACCUUUCACUUGUUCAACCUAAGGAUUCUGAAAUGCAUUAUUUAGCCAUGGAGCUAUUUUGCUGAAUUGCAGCCAUAUUUCUGUCAGUACAAGUGAUGGUCUAUAUGAGGGAUUAAUCUGACACCAGACAGUGAUCCUUAAUCCUUCAGUAUAUCAUAAUCUAUUUACUUUGCAUGCUAAGAGGAUUUUGGUUUUAAAAUAUACAGGAAGUGAUGCUAGAAAUGUACAGAAGAUCAGGAAUGCUGUUUCCUAAAAUCUCAGUUUUUAAUAAAAUCCCUUUAUGGAUUUCUUGGAGUCCUGUCCUUACAAAGUAUUGAAUAGGGAUUUAGUUGGAAAUGGGCAUAUGUUUUUCUUUAUACUGGAGCCCUCCAACUGUGUUCAUCCUCCUCUUCCGGGUGUGUGUGUGUGUGUGUGUGUACACACACACACACAGAGUGGGGGGGCGGGGUUGUUUCCUACACUGCAGGUCAAUUUCAGGGAGUUGCACUGAUACUAUACUGACAGAAAUCAAAGAGAGAUGCCAAGCUCCUGUGCAUUUUAUAGGUAUUGUUAUUUUUCCCCCGGUUGAGCUAGCAGUAACUUCAGAUGAAAAAGCAAAGAGUAAAGAGAACAUUUCACAAAACAAAAAGAAUAAAUUUCACACCACCAUUUCCCCCAUGUUGGCAUGGAUGUAUCUUAUAUACAUGUAGUAGUCAAUUGUACAUUUAAAAUUAUAUUUUUCAUAAAAUAUUUUGCAAGUUUUUCCAUUAUGUAAUAUGUAGCAUUUUCAAAAUGAAUUUGUUGCAUCUUGAAACACUGUUUGAAGACGGAAUAAGGAGAUAGACAGCCCAAUCUUGGCAGCAAGAAUACUGUUUGAGAAACAAGAGGCAAAUUCUGCUAGUUACAAGCUCAGUGACUGGGGACCAACAGAAAGUUGCAUAUACAAUAAUUGCAUAUGAUAAAGUGCUGUAAUCUAGACAUGUUCAUACAGGGCUAUUCAUAGUUCUGUGCUGAAGCUGUGCAGCAGGGUAGCCCAAGUUCUGUGCCAAGAAAAACUGAAUUCUACAACCUGUAGCAGUCAUACAAACUAAGCAUAUUUGCAUCUUAUUUUGCUUAAUCUGCUAUUAAUAGAUGCAAGGAACUUUAUAACAUACUAAAGGCACAUAUUUGACCUCUCACCCUGGGGUGUUUCUACACUACUAGGUACUUACUCUAGAAGUUGCCAUAGAUGUACAGGGCAUCCACACGACAGCAACAAAUCAUUGUUCUAGGUUUUCCCUAUGUAACAUCCUUCUAUUUUCAGAAUGCAGAAAAUGAUCUUUUUUAAAAAGAACACAAUAUCAGCACAAUCACCACAUAUGUAGUCUGCUUUAGGAUUACUCCUCCACCUUUGAAAGAGGUGUGGUUUUCUCUGCAGUGAUGUGUUGGGUGUGACUCUAUCAGCACACAUCUACACUUGGGCAUACCUUCACUACUACCUUUCCCAUAGUACUAUUUGACAGCAUAUUUCUGAACUGAUCUUUUAGUUCACACUAAAACCCCUAUAUGUUAAUCAAAUGAUAAAGCAUUUAGUCACCAAUUUAAAAACUCAUCAAAAACUAUUCUGUCUUUCUAGUCUGUGCCAUUUGGUGUGCUCACACACACCUCUUCUUUUUUUUAAGUGUGUGUGCAAUUGUACCUAAACAGAAAUGCACUCUGCUGCAAUUUUUAAAAUCAAUUUUAAAAUCAAUUUUAAAAUGACAUGCUGAGGUGAAUGGCCCCUUCCCUACCCACAUGGCAAUCUCAUGAUUACUACCACAGUAUGAAUGGAACAUAGAAAGAUAUACACAAUGGCUGGCAUCCAGGCCUUCCGCAAAGUUACAUUCCAUCCUCAGAACAUGAACCAAAGGAGAGUUAAGCUCACUCAAGGGGUCCUCGUGUCAGUGCAAUGCUCCUUCAAUUCACAAAAGGAGCUUCUGAGGAUGGAUGCUGCCUCCACAGAAAAUGCUAUAUCCCCUGAAGUGCAGACAGACAAUUCCACAUAUAAGUUACAGCAAUAUCAAUUAUUAGAAAGCACUAGAGGCUUCUAGUUUGGAAGCUCAAGCUCUCACAUAUUCAUCUACCCACAAACAUUUAAGCCUAUUUCUGCAGUCAAUGGAACUCGUUUGAUUUUUUUAAAAUAAUGGGGGGGUUUGUAAUGGAAACGAGGAUUUCAAACUGCUGAAUUUUGCAUCUAGUACCAAAUCCCAUACUGGAAAAGCAGGAAGGCAGAAAGCUAAAAGCAGGCCUGUCCUUGGGCCACUAUCCUGUGUCCUUUAUUCAUAUGUCUGCAAAAUGUAGUCAAUACCUUUUGCAUGGCAAUUCAAGAUAUGAUAGUGGUGAACACGGUACAGUCACUGAAUACAUAGUACUUCAUUUCAUACUAAUUCAAACCACUGAAAAAUUAGUGAUCUAGAUAGAGAAGCUGGUGGGUUCCGUAAAAGAAAACAAGUUGUUCUGGUAAGAACUAAUCUGCCUACUUUCCUUUCACUAUCCCUACAACUGGACUAAAUUUGGUCCAGGUCAGUUAGGCAGUUCACAAGUAAGCCCACUUGUGCCUCAAAUGUGCACACGUCCACGAUCUUGAAUUGGGCUGGAUAACAUCAUUACAAACUAUGCCACUGAGGUGUCCCUAUGUGUCACUCACUACAACUGCACUCACUACAACUGCACCAAAUUUGGUUCAAAUCGGUUAGACGAUCCACAAAUUAACCCACUUGCUCCUCAAAUGUUUAUACAUCUGCCAUCUUGAAUCAGGGUGGAUGACAUAAUCACAGACUACGCUGUUGGGUGUCCCUACAAUGGUACCCCAUUUGGUUCACAUUGAUCCAGGCAUUGUGAAGUUGAUGGGACACACACACACACACACAGAGAGAAUGCCAGGUGAUCUCAUAAACUUACUUUCCUUAUGGAAAGAAGACUAAAAAUUUGAAGAACAGUAAAACCCUAUAGAACCCUUGCUCAGUUCCGUGGGUCUGAGCAAGUAGUAUAUAUUUGUAGUCAUCGCCGUCUCCCAGUGCCACCCAGACCUUCCAGAUAGCAGCAGAAACACUGAAACACCGUGCCUUCAAUCCCCAACCCAGAAAACCUAUCCAGAAGAAUACAACGGACAAUAUAACUUCUUGGUAUAAGAAGUUACCAAGAAGUCCAAAGGAAAUGAGUGAUCCAGGUAGUUGUCUUGCCAAUACAAGAUCUAAAGCCAGACUAAAAUGGGUUCAGAUAAUCAAGUCUUAUCCAAGAGCAUCUGUAGUCCUAUAGUAACCAUCCACGCAAGGACCUAGCCUAAGAUGUGGAUAUCUGUGACCGACCAAUAGCUUUUUUUACAAUCUUCACGUUUCAAGGAGGAUUUCUUUAGAAACAGUCUCAUUCUUCUUUAUGAGCUACUUCCACCAAAUCAGCUGGGACUAAACUUGAAGGGAAGCAUUGAUCACCUCCUGGACCCAGUUGUUAAUCCCAGAGGCGUAACUAGGGAAAACGGCGCCCGGGGCAAGCAUUGAAAUGGCGCCCCCCUGCGCCCCCCCAACAUACUACAUUAUACUUAGGUUUUUCCUCACAAGCGCCCGCCGCCGCCGCCAAGCCAGGCCACUGACUGGCCGCCAGGCGCCAGCAAAGCAAUGGGGGGGGCGCAGGCGGCACGGAAGGGACUGCUCGUGGGGGAGGGGGCGCCGACGCACUCCCUUGACUGCUGCAGCACUGCUGCACUGAGCAGGAAACAUUUGUAUUAACAAACAAAUUUUUAAAAAUUAAAAAAAAAAAUUUGUCAUGGCGGCGCCCCCCAUGUGACCAGAAAAGAUGGCGCCCGGGGCACGUGCCCCCCCGCCCCCCCUAUAGUUACGCCUCUGGUUAAUCCCCUUCUGCUAGUUGUUAUAAGGCAAGAGGGGUAGAAUAAACAGGCUAUACACCUGAACUUAUACUCCAUAGGCUAUACUCCUCCAAGCACCUUGUCCACAUCCUCAGGUCACAACAUUCUCAAUUCAUUCCACAGAUCAUCACCAGACAGUGCUCUGAACACAUCCCUGGGUUGUUAACAGGUCACUGUAUUUCUCUAGUGGAAUACAAGUACAAGAUAACAAACCUAUAAUUGUUAUCUUUUACACAUAGGGUGAAAAGAGACAUAGGUUAAAAGCCCAUCUUGCCAGUGCUUGUUAACUAACUUCCAUUUCCAACUGAGCCUUCUCAUACAGCUCUUUCUAAACUGUGUGAACAUAUUAAAAGUUGAACAGAGCUGUUAGUUAUCCCAAGAUAGGAUUAAGAAGCCCUGACCAUUUUCGCCUAACAAAAACAAAAAUACAUCAAAAAUGCAUCACAUUUCUUCUAUUUUCAAACUCAUUGGGAUCUCUAUUGCUUAUAUCUCAAUGCUAGAACACAUUUAUUUGAAAGCAAUUACAACUGAUUUCAAAUCCACUUAUUUCCAAGUGUGAUUGGAAUAAACCAUUUAGUCAAGGCAGCUUCCUAUGUUACACUUUUGGCUCAGAGAAUGUUCCUGUGAUUCCUAUGACAAAAAAGAUAAAACGGAAAGUAGCCGGAGUCAUGGAGUAGCUUUUCAUGCUGUGCCUGACUCUCAGAAAAAUCAUUGCCAUUCUGGGUAGUUCCAUGGAAACAGGGACAAAAAGGUGAAAAAUUAAAAACUGACCAAAGUCAGUGUGUCGUUUUAUAAAGAAAUGCCUCAAGAUCAAUAAUUCAUGCAUGUUUCCCAUGCCUUGGUCAUAGUAUUGGUGAGGAAUUUUGAAAUGUCUAACAAAAAUGCAGCAUUCAUUGACAACAACAAUACAAGUUGUUAAAAUAUGGAUAGUAGAGAAAUAAAUAAGUUACACUAAAUGUGCAUGAUGGAUCCAAAGGAAGACGCAUAAGACUUUAUUUUUCUCCAAUUAGCACAUUUUUUAAAAUACAGCAAGGGGUGGGUAUUAUGAAAAUCAUAGAUCAUUAAUCCUGAUUCCGUUAUCACAAAGGUCCACAGAUAAAAGGAUAAACACUGCAAAGAAAAAUCCAAAUCUCUGUAAGCAGAGUUCAAUUUUUCCCCUCAGAAUGCGAUCAGCUUUCUAUUUGGUUUGAGCUUGCUCUAUGCACAGGCCCACAGAAAGUGGUCAUUCUUGACUACCAGUCACAAGACCAUUGCUAGUAGUCUGCACUGAACUACAUAGUAGGCUUACUUGUAAGUAUAUAGUUAUUUGAGUGGUAGAAUAGUUUUGUGUUUCUAAACAGUUCCUGUGCAAUUACUUAGCACUGAAGGGUCAAAACCCCCCAAAAUGUGCACCUCAUCCCUGGCCCUGUGUAGAGGCAACCAUUCCCACAGCUCACCUCUGUGCAGAGCGAUCCUAUUCAGAGAGUCAGCGAGGAGCUUAAAAGGGGAGCUGGAGCUGGAGCUGGAGCUGUGCAAAGCCCCAGCAACGUCUGGAAAGGUGCACAUGGAGCACUGGGAAGUGUGGCAGCACUUUCCCCAUCAAAAACUUCCCAGUGUUCCAUAGUUCCAAGAACUAUUUAGAAACACAAAGCUGUGAUGACAAGUGAUGAUCUGACAACUGUCAGACAUGACUAAGUCAUUCAAAAUAAGCAUGCAUCUAGCACUAAACCAGCUACCAUUUUUGAUACUAUCAUGAAAGCUGUGUGAACUGCUGCAGCACACCAGUUUUUCUUGGGCAAUAUCUCAAAGAUAAUAAAUGGUUUAAUAUUAUUAAAUGCUGAAUUAAUGUUAAUAAAUAGAUGUAUAUGUUUCAA